UUACUGACAUUUUAUAAAAAGGCCAUCCCUUCAAUUUUGGGAAUUCUGGAAGGAUCUUAAGUAGACCUUUCUUUGCUCCUGAUAGUAAUUCUCCUUGUUGUCUUAGACAACUGUAUGAAAAGCUAUAAGUAUUGUGCUAGUUCUUAUUUCCUAUUUGGACCUUUAUCUUGUGUGGAUUGCCUUAAGAAUAGCUGGAAUGUUACUGGUAGAGCAGGAAGUCUGGAACAGUCUUGCAGUUUGAUAACCUGGUAAUUACUGGUAUGCACAAAGGAUUUCUGGGCUGGGAUUCCUCAGUCAUACUUUAUGUGGUCUUGAGUUGUGAGUCACUUUGCUCAAACUGGGCCUGUCUUGGACCUCAUCUCUUGAUAUCAUUCUCCACAAAAAAAAUGUUUCUUGUACUUUUCUCUACCUGCCAGCUCAUGGAUCAUACAGUGCUGAGAUGGAGAUUAGUAACUUCAAAUGGCUGGGUCAGGUAGAGGAAGAGGACGUGCUUCAUUUACAUUCAACAUUGAAGCCAUUGGCUUCUCUAAAGGUGCAGUUCUACCUGAUGUUGUGUGUAAGCCUCCACCGCUAUUUCCUAAUGACAGAAGGGUUGAGGCUGGCAUAGGUCCGUCUGUCCCUACCGCUGCUCCAGCAGGAGCAUCCAGGGAAGAUUACCCAGGUCCAUGUCCAGGAGGCUUCUGGUCUUGUUUAGCCUGGAGAAGUGAAGGCUUCAGGGAGACUAGUGAAGCAAUUGAAAGGUACAGUAAAAAGUACAUGGAUGAUGAAAAGGAGCAUGCAGCAUGGACUCCAGAUUGGAGAAGACUUCCAAGAGAGAUGAAGCCAAGGAAAAAGAUGAAGAAAGCAGGUGCAAAACCAAAAAAGGCAAAGAAUUCUGAGCCUAAAAGUAACGUGGAUGUGUUGAAAAAAAUUGAGGAGUUGGAAAAGAAAGAUGAUGAAGAAGAAAAAUCUGACGAUGAGAAAGACAGAACAAAAGAUAAAGAAGGUGAAGAUGAUGAAGAAGCUGAAGAGCCAGAAGAAUAUGAUGAAGAGGAACAUGAAGAGGAAAAUGACUAUAUUUCUUCAUACUUUGAAGAUGGAGAUGACUUUGGUGCUGGCAGUGAUGACAAUAUGGAUGAAGCAACAUACUAGCUGUUGUUGCUAGGAGGUGUACUGUUAAUGAAAUAGAGUCCUGGAGGUAGGCUGAGUAUUACUGACAGAACUAAUGCUUCAGAUCUUUUGGGUUUAAGCUUACUCUCCAAAAACAUAUGGAACAAUUUUUUGUAAUUGUUUUUCGCUGUAAAAUGGGAUCCCAGAUCCCACAUUUUGUUCAUUUGCUAUGUUUUGCAGAUAUGCACUUUUUAAAGCUUCUCUGAGAUGCCUACUGAUGCCAAUACAUGGCCUCUGCACAGAAAAAGAAUGUAUCCAUUUUUGUCGAAUUGUGCCUGAGCAUUUGCACUAGUCAGUUCUGUGCUUUAGCUGUGAAAUUCCUCAUAACUGGAGCAAAGCAAAAAUAAAGCCGUUGCAGAUGAAAGCUGCCCAUACUUAGCAGCUGACUUCUUUGAAGGAAUUCGCAUUAACUUCUGAAUUCAGGGGACUGAAAAUAAUUGACCACUAAGCACUUUAAUGUAAACUGACUUGAAAGAAUUGUAGGAAUACAGACUACCAAGGUAAUAAUUAUUUUGAAGAGGUACUGUUCUAGUCAGCAGAACUCUUACCUUUAGUAUAUUAUUUAAAAGGAAUGAUAAUAUUUAACAAUAUGUUUACAUUGCCUGUAUGCAUCAGUAUAAGUGAUUAUUAGGGGUAAUUUCAUUUUGAAAGAAUACAUGACAGAAUUUAAGAUUGAUAAAGUAUGCAAUUGUGUUUUCAACAGUAGCAUGCAGUUUGAAGGGAUAAGAGUUUUACUAGCUCCUCAGUUUUUCUGCCUGUUACGGCAAUAUUAACUUUCCUACCUCACAGAGCUGUUAAGUGAGAUAGCAGAUUAUAUCCAUGUAAAGAGGCAUUUACUUACUUUUCUACAAAACAAACAAAAUUCACAGAAUGAAAACUAAUAAAAAAGCACAUAAAUUUCUCAUGCAAGAGAAAUAUGUGGUAAAGCAUGUUGAUUGUGAAAAAUUAGGAAAACAUGAGUGCUCAGAAUAGGAAAACUACAAUGUUUAGAAACUUUUUAAAGAACCAACAGCCAAAAUGUAAAAAAUGUAUUCCUGAGUUUAGAAGCUAGAGGAACACAGCGACAGAGCAGUCUCUGUGUCCCUUUGUCCUUUGACUAUAUAAAAUAUUUAUCAAUGUUAUAAUUUAUCAGUUUCAUUGUAACAUGAAUGUGCUGUUCCUUCUAACAGGUUCUGUUGGCAGGACUAAUGAAAAUAAAAUGUUUUAAGAGCAAGCCAA